GCGCCCCUUCCGGCGCGGGGAGGGCGCUGAAGAUCCCGGGCCGCUCGGCCGCAGGCCGCCUCCACCGCCGCGAGAUGUAGCCGGGGGGACCGCGGCCCCCAGCAGAGUCUACACUCCCCGUUUUUCUACCAUCACAGGGAGAUCUCUGCCCCCUGGGGCUGAGAGACCCCAACUUUUCCCCAAGCUGAAGCUGCAGGGCCUUGAGAUACCACCAGCCAGAUGUCAUCCCACAAAGGAUCUGUGGUGGCACAGGGCAAUGGGGCUCCUGCCAGUAACAGGGAAACUGACACAGUGGAACUGGCUGAACUGGGACCCCUGCUAAAAGAGAAAGGCAAACGAGUGAUCGCCAACCCAACCAAAGCUGAAGAAGAGCAAACAUGCCCAGUGCCCCAGGAAGAGGAGGAAGAGGUGCGGGUACUGACACUUCCCCUGCAAGCCCACCACGCCAUGGAGAAGAUGGAGGCGUUUGUGUAUGAGGUCGGGGAGGGACGCUGGAGAGUCAUCCCAUAUGAUGUGCUCCCUGACUGGCUGAAGGACAAUGACUAUCUGCUACAUGGCCAUAGACCACCCAUGCCCUCCUUUCGGGCUUGUUUCAAGAGCAUCUUCCGCAUCCACACAGAAACUGGCAACAUCUGGACCCAUCUGCUUGGUUUUGUGCUGUUUCUCUUUUUGGGAAUCUUGACCAUGCUUAGACCAAAUAUGUACUUCAUGGCCCCUCUACAGGAGAAGGUGGUUUUUGGGAUGUUCUUUUUGGGUGCAGUGCUCUGCCUCAGCUUCUCCUGGCUCUUCCACACUGUCUAUUGUCAUUCAGAGAAAGUCUCUCGGACUUUUUCCAAACUGGACUAUUCAGGGAUCGCUCUACUGAUUAUGGGGAGCUUUGUCCCCUGGCUCUAUUACUCUUUCUACUGCUCCCCACAGCCACGGCUCAUCUACCUCUCUAUUGUCUGUGUCCUGGGCAUUUCUGCCAUCAUUGUGGCACAGUGGGACCGGUUCGCCACUCCCAAGCACCGGCAGACAAGAGCAGGAGUGUUCCUGGGACUUGGCUUGAGUGGUGUUGUGCCCACCAUGCACUUUACUAUCGCUGAGGGCUUUGUCAAGGCCACCACAGUGGGCCAGAUGGGCUGGUUCUUCCUCAUGGCUGUGAUGUACAUCACUGGAGCUGGCCUUUAUGCUGCUCGAAUUCCUGAGCGCUUCUUUCCUGGAAAAUUUGACAUAUGGUUCCAGUCUCAUCAGAUUUUCCACGUCCUGGUGGUGGCAGCAGCCUUUGUACACUUCUAUGGAGUCUCCAACCUUCAAGAAUUCCGUUAUGGCCUAGAAGGUGGCUGUACUGAUGACUCCCUUCUCUGAGCCUUCCCACCUGAGGGGUGGAGGAGGAACUUCCCAAGUGCUUUUAAAAAUAACUUCUUUGCUGAAGUGAGAGGAAGAGUCUGAGUUGUCUGUUUCUAGAAGAAACCUGUUAGAGAAUUCAGUACCAACCAAGCUUCAGCCCACUUUCACACCCACUGGGCAAUAAACUUAACAUUUCCAUUCCCCUAGCUGGGAAGGGUUGGGAUGGUCAAACUUAGCCACCCCCUCCUCAGCAAGGUAACUACCGGCCCCUCACAGAGACAGUACUUUGAAACUCAUGUUUAGAUUUUAGCCCCCCUUCAUCUUUUUGGGAAAAAAUAAUGGACUGGGACUCUUCAGAAAUUCUGUUUGUUUUUUUUCUGGAAGAAAAUGUCCUUCUCUUAUCCCCUUCCUUUCUUUGUAACCUGGCUUAUAACAGGCCAUCCAUUUUGUAGCACACUUUUGAAAAACAAUUAUAUAACCUGGUCCCAUCUUUCUAGGGCCUGGAUCCGCAUACACAGCAGGAAGAAUAAAGCCACCAACUUUUACAUAGCCCGGCUAAUCAUGGAAGUGUGUCCAGGCUUAAAAUAACUUGAGUUUUAAUUUUUUUUUUCUUGGUAGAGUAAUGUAAAAUUAAAGUGGGGAAAGAUAUUUAAUAUUUAAUACUAAGCUUUAAAAAGAAACAUGCUAUCAUUGCUAUGUAUCUUGAUGCAAAGACUAUGAUGAUAAUAAAAGAAAGUACAGAAGAAAAAAAAAAAA